ACGGAGUACAUGCUUACUUCCAUAUAUCAAUCAUGAAUAAAUAUUUCCUUGCUUCGGUUGUUCAUGAGCACCAGGCGGCCUUGCCAUGGCUUCUGGCGGCAAUAGCCUUUCUCCUCAUAAUAAAUCAAAGACGGCCACGAAAACAGAAAACUCCGCCGGGUCCAAAGCCAUGGCCAAUCAUCGGAAAUCUGAACCUCCUCGGCCCCAUCCCGCACCAAUCCUUGGACUCUUUGUCCCAAAAGUACGGUGAACUGAUGCUCCUAAACUUCGGCUCCACCCCUGUUUUAGUCGCCUCCUCUCCCGAAGCAGCCAAACUUAUCCUGAAAACGCACGACGCCGUUUUCGCCUCCCGCCACGCGUCCGCGGCGGGAGCGUACCCUUUCGACGGCGCCGAGCUAUUCUGGUCCCCUUACGGGCCGUGGUUCCGCCAGGUGCGAAGGAUUCUGAGCUCUGAACUCUUCGCGCCUCGGAAGCUCGACUCCCUCGAAUACGUCCGAGUUGAGGAAAGAAUGGCUCUUAUUUCCGACCUUUACGCGGCGGCGGUGGCGAAAAGGCCGGUCUUGCUUCGAGACCAUCUGUCAAAACUGACCUAUUCCAUUUCGGCGAGGAUACUUUCAGAUCACAAGAAAUCUUGCGACGGGAGGGAAUUGCGAACCACGCCGAUCGAUAUAAAGAGGCUGAAUGAGCUUGUUGAUGAAUGGUUUCGACUCAGCGGGUUGGUCGUCAACCUUGGGGAUUGGGUGCCCUGGCUGCGCCCCUUUGACCUGCAAGGGUGUGAGAAAAGACUGAAAGCUUUUAACCAAGAGUACGAGCAGUUUCUGGACCCAGUGAUAGAGGAGCAUAGGGCGGUGAUGAAAGCCGCCGGCAAGGAUUUUGUGCCCAAUGGGAUGAUUGGUGUUUUCUUGAAGCUAGCUGAGGAUCCAAAUGUUGAAGAGUCCGAGGUUGCUCUCACCCGUCAUCGCAUCAUGGCCUUAAUACAUGACGUUGUUUCUGGCGGGACGGAUACAUCAGCAGGACUAGUUGAAUGGGCUUGUCAAGAAUUAGUUACAAAACCAAAUCUAAUGGCAAAGGCAUUAGAAGAGCUGGACAGAGUUAUUGGGAGGGAAAGAUGGGUGGAAGAAAAAGACAUUUCACAAUUACCAUACAUUGACUCCAUCAUCAAGGAAUCAUUCAGGCUGCACCCACUGGGCACACUCCUUCCACACUAUUCCAUGGAAGAUUGCAACAUUGAAGGUUAUGAAGUAACCAAAGGGACACUUGCUAUGGUUAAUGUUUGGUCUAUUGGAAGGAACUCAAAGUAUUGGGAGAAAGCUGAACAGUUCAUACCAGAGAGGUUUUUGGGGAGUGAUGUUGACAUCAAAGGAAAAGAUUUUUCAGUGUUGCCAUUUGGAUCAGGCAGGAGAAUGUGCCCUGGCUAUACCCUUGGAUUGAAGGUUGUGCAGGCAACUUUGGCAAAUUUGUUGCAUGGAUUUAAUUGGAAAUUACCAGAAGGUAUGAAGCCAGAAGAUGUGUCUAUGGAAGAGGCUUGUGGCUUGACCACUCACCCUAAAUUCCCAGUGUCUUACCUCAUUGAACCAAGGCUUGCCACUCAUCUCUACUAAUUAAGUCAAUAUCUGUGUUGUAUUAUUAAAUAAACUCUUUAAUAAGAUCAAAAGGUUUGUUACAAUUUCUUUUCAAUUUUGGGAAGUCAGAACAUGAGGAGAAAGUAGCAAUUCAAACUAUCAAUAAUGUUAAGUCUUGUAUGUUUCCUUGGUUACGUAAACCAAUGGUGAAAAUUUUACAUGAUCUAUAAAAAUCUUUUUUUUCUAUUGAUACUUAAAGAGAAAUGGUCCCCAAUAAGACCGAAACUUACUCUAUUUACUUAAAUAGGAGUCUAACUUUUUUUAACCUUAAAUAAGACUACUUUUAACCGGCCUACCAUUUUUACCCCUGCUACCUUUGAACGGCUCAGAGGAUCAGAUCUGAAACCUCAGCUUCUUCAUAACAGCACACAGAAGCUCGGACACUACACGUACUCCGAUUGUGACGGUGAAGGCGGUUAAGAGUCGGCGGCGGAGUCAGCGGCAGCGGACAGAUCCCUGCUACGUGUGGUUUCUUCUACUCUUCUUCUUUCGAUCUUCCUUCAGUCCUUCUCCUGCUCUGCUUAUCCUCAUCUCCUUUCUUCUCUAGCUAUCCUCUUUUUUCCUCCCUUUUCUUUUGAUUCUUCAUUACAUAUUUACAUUACGGCGAGGUAAUGGUUCUUCUUUUAAUAAAUCUUCUUCUUUCAUUUUUAAUUGUUCUUCAUUCAUUAUUUUGACUUUCUGAUUUAGUUGUGGCAAAACGUCACAAUGGAAAGUUGGUGUCUUCGAAAAUUUGUAAUUUGCUGAGAACAAAAAAUGUUUCAAAACCUUGGAUGUCUUUGAUUUAGAAAAACUAUAUCCCUCCAAACUAUUCUUUCAUUGUGUGGCUGUGUAUCCAGAAUCGGCUAUCAACAGCAAAUAGCUUAUGGUUUUUGAAUAUUGAUAGGCUGUGUGGUUUCUGCAAUUCUGAUUUGUAAAGCAUUGAGCAUCUUUUUUUCGGUUUUCCCAUUACUAAUGGGAUAUGGAGGGCGGGGCAGUAUGUGCUUUGGUGGGAAUAAGGAGAGUGAAUUCAAUUCUUGAAAGUGUAAUUAAAUGCUGUAAAAAAAGAGUUCAAAGGAGCAGAAUGAGCAGUAAGGUUGGUUUUAUGCUGCACCAUUCAUAGUAUUGGAAGGCAAGAAAUUUGAAAGUUUUUUAAGGAAGGGUGGCUGAUGUUAAGAGUAUACUGGCUGAAAUUCAGUUUCUAACAUACAAAGUCCUGUAUAGAAUUUAUCCACCAAAUAUGAUUGACUUUUAAUAUUCUACUUACCCUUUUAUAGGAGUGUUCUGCCAGCUAGUUUUUGUUUUUGAUGUUAUUGCAAAGUUGUUGCUACUUAGUGGUAUGGCCUCUAGGAUUUAGGUGAUAUGUUGCGAGGUGGUUUGUAACAUGUAGUCUUCUUUGCAAUUGUUGUCUUUUUCAAUAUAAUUUUAUAGGUUAUCCAUAAAAAAU